CUUUUAAGGCGAGGGAGGUGAUCGUUGUUUCUCUCAGGAGCAGAAGCUGCAGUGGAGUUUUGUGGAAACGAUGAAGCCAGGGGGAGGAGGAGGAGGUGAAGAAACUUCUAAAACCCUAGAGAAAUCAUCGACUGAAUUUGCUGUACAGUGUGGUAAAUGCUUCAAAUGGAGGUUGAUUCCCACAAAAGAAGAGUUUGAGGACAUCAGAAGCAAAUUCAUAGAGGAUCCGUGGUUCUGCGACAAAAAAAAUGAUGCGUCUUGUGAGGAUCCUGCAGAUAUUGAGUAUGACAGCAGCAAGAUUUGGGCCAUUGAGGAACCAAACAUUCCGAAGACUCCAGUUGGUUAUGAGAGAAACUUGGUACUUAGAAAAGAUUUUUCUAAGUUCGAUGCCUAUUAUAUUACCCCAACUGGAAAGAGAGUGCGAAGCAUUACUGAGAUAAGGAAGUUUCUUGAGGCAAAUCCUGAGUACAACAAUGUGUCUGUUUUAGAUUUCAGUUUUGCAGUGCCAAAGGUAGUGGAAAACACAAUCCCUAGAAACGUGGAUGGGAAGAAUGGUGCAAGUAGCAGUAAGAAAAAGAAAAAAUCGAUGAUCGAUGAUGGAGAAGUGGUGGAUUGA